AUGUCAUCAAAGCCGGUCCGGACGAAGGCUACCGACCAGGAAGAUGGCCCAGCUCUCCUCGAUACCAAUAUGUCAAGGGCGUCAUCCCGUGCAACUACCAGCCUCGAUGACCCUGCAUCAAGUGACAAUGACGAAGAUUUUUACGAUGCUGUACCCACAGCAUCUUCCGCGAUACACUCCACUGGCCCUGCUUCUGCCUUGCGAGCAGAUCUCAACCAAGACGAAAUAUUGAGGCAAGACACGCGGAAGCACGACAGUCAGCUGCUCGCAAGCAAUGCCAAGGGUCGGGCGGAACGUAUGUCAAAGCUUACUUUCGGCGAUGUGACGCAGACGACGGACGAACUAUUUGCCGACCUUGAUGUGGCCAGAAAGGCCCUGCAUCUAUUUCUAAACAGUCGCAUGAACGAUGCGUAUGAUCUCAUUGAGGCAAAGUCAGAGAGUCGUCUGUACUAUGCCGUGGCCUAUGCGAUCCUCUCGACGAUCAAAGCCAUCAUGACGUUCGAGCACCAGGAUCUAGGCACGGCCAUAUCGCACUGCAAGGACGCAUUGCAUAUUGCGGGUCUCUUGCGGAAAAAGCAAUCUGCACUUGCUUCGUUGGGCCGUUUUGUUCGAGGCGCUGGUCCCUCUGUGGCUUGGGUCUCAUCCAUGACUCCUGUUGAGCAACAUGCUGAGCUUGUCUCAUCCGAAUGCACCCUCCUCAAAGCCGUGCUGGGCAUUGCUUAUUCAGGCGACCUGCUCAGUUCAUUGGCCGAGGCGCUGCACCUGCGUGCGGCGUAUGGAGACUAUCGCAGCCUGCUCAAGUACGUUGAAUGGGCGGAGAAAAACGGUGCCAAUAACGACGAAGACUUUCGCAGCGGUGUGUUCUUGGGCUCUGGCUGCAUCAGCCUGAUUCUAGGCCUGCUGCCAUCCAAAGUUCUCAAGAUUAUGGAGAUCUUUGGCUACGAGGGCAGCGUGCCUGUCGGCCUAUCGCUGCUCCAGCGCGCGGCUGGAUGGUCCAACUCAACGAGCACGCCGCGGCGCACGAUCCACACCGAGGGAAUCCGCAGUCCCAUCUGUGACAUGACGCUCCUCAUGUAUCAUCUGGUCGUCUCCACGUUCCUCCCUGUACCUGGUGUCGAUGUCCCCUUUGCAGAAAAGGUGCUGUUGUAUCACCUAAAGCGAUAUCCUGAGGGAGUCUUCUUCCUCUAUUUCCAUGGCCGCCUGUACAGCACGCAAGCUUUAUCAGCCGAGGCGGUGGCAUGCUUUGAACAGGCGCGUGAUGUGCAAGAGGAGUACGUGCAGCUCAAGCAUAUUUGCUACUGGGAUAUGGCACUAUGCUUCAUGUCUCUAAACCAGUGGUUCGAUGCCUACGCCUGCAUGACCGUGCUGGCCAACGAGAACAACUGGUCGAAAGCGCUGUACAGUUAUGCUCGCGCGGCGACUUUGUAUCAGACUGGCAAGCAAGACGCGCAAGAAGAGGCCAAAGAUAUUAUGGAGCGAGUGCCUUCCAUGACACAGCGCAUCGCCGGUAAAAGCAUUCCCCUCGAAAAGUUCGCAGCCCGUAAGUCGCGCAAGAUGGGUCAGUAUGGUUACUUGUGCCUACCCGCCUUAGAAAUCGCGUACUUGACGCACUGCUUCACAACUGCUCCUCCCUCUACGCUUGCGCGCCGCACGCUACCGAUCAUUGAGCAAGAGAUCGAGCGUCUGCAGCAGCAGCAACAGCCGAGUGUAGACGAUCUGUGUCUUACCCACUUCCUCCAGGGCGUUGUUCUCCGCAACUUGGCGUACCCAGAGAAGCAUAUAAAGGAUGGACUGUCACAGCAUGUAAGCAAUGCGGCAGCGCGAGCCGAGGCUAGUCUUCAAUACGUGGCCUCAAAUGCGGCCCAGUGCGAGUACGACCACUACCUAUUGUACUUUUGCCACUAUGAGCUUGGCUGUCUCUAUAUCAGUAUGGGCCGCACCGAAGAAGCGAUUAAGAAUCUCGAUAUUGUUCUCAGUGGCAAGAAUCUUGGUGAUCAUGGCCGCAAAGGCAAGUACAGCAUGCAAAACAUGUGCGUGCUCCGCUCCAACGCCGCGCGGGCGCUGCUCCCAGCGUCAGCCUCUCAGUAG